AUGAACAAUCGUUUGCUCAACGAAGGUGCUGACGGCACGUAUGCGCUAAGUCUGGACAACGACAUGAAGCCGCAUCCGAAGUUUUUGCUUGCGGUGCUGUCGUUGGUCUUCUUGGAAGGCGAGGCCAUCGACGGUGGACGACGCCAGUACAGAAACGAUAUUUCGCGGACCCAAGUGGCUUUCGUGCAGACUAUUCAGUACUUUGAGAGCAUGCCCCAGUUACGGUGCGGUACUCAGACUAAUGAUGCGUUCACGAGUAAUGUGGUCCACACUUCUGGUUGGGACCCGGUAUGCCUAAGCACGGAUUUCGAGGGAGAUGCCAAUGACCGUAUUUUGAUUGUGCGAAGAAGGAGACACAGGAUGCGAUGCAUGUCGAGUGCAGGUGACGAGAAGCGGUGGUGUGGGUUAUCUGGGGUCGAGCCCGUCAUUGCGGUGGAGGUGGAAGUAAUUAGAGAGUUCCAAGGUACGGCCAUUGCCGAGGUGAACCGUCGUCGCGGUCUCAUUAACAGCAGCGAUGCCGAUGACAUGCACACGGUCAUUAAGUGCGACGUACCCCUGCAAAACAUGUUUGGUUUCUCGACGGAUUUGCGGUCAUCCACUCAGGGCAAGGGCAAGUUCACGAUGGAGUGCAAGACACAUGGCAUUGUCAUGCGUGACAUGCAGGAGAAGCUGAUGAGCGAGCACAAAAGGCGCAAGCGGCCAAGAACAAGUAGAUGUCCGGGUGCUUGGAUUUUGCUCGCUACGACACGUGCAUAG